AAGCGAGGAAGAGUCCCGAGUUGGCUUGGCUCGCACCUUAUCUAUCUCUCCGCUUAUCUCUUCUCAAUUCUUCAAUCGACCAGAGAAAGCGUAAUCUCUAAAACCCUAAACCCAUCUCUUCCCCUCUCUCUCCAAGCCGGGUAAGGUAGAUAUAUCUACCUCGCAGUAGCAGUAAUGGACGCCAAGGUGGAAGCAGCAGAGACAACGCCGUACGCUUCGAGACCUUCAGAUGAAAACUCUGCUCCCCCCGCCCCCCCCGCCGCCGCCGGUGGUGGCGAUAGUGUUGGCGAUGAGGUUGGCUUUCUGAGUGGCGAGGAGUUCGAGGGCGCGUCCGAUAAGCCUAUGAGUGUGAAGGGGAAUCUCGAGAAGGUCAGUGUUGUUGGAGUCGAUAAUUCUGGUCCCUCGGACGUGGGCUCAUUGGUUUCUCCGGUGUCCGAGAGUGUCCCGGACGAUGAGAGGCCGCCGAGUUCGGAGGUCGGUGGAGAUGGGGAAAUUCACGAAAAGGGUGAUCUUGGAAGGGGUGAUCCUGUUUCCCCUGAGGUUAAUUCGCCCUUAUCUCCGAUGUCAAAGGGUCCUUCCAAUGAAGUUGGUGUUUCUGAGGAGGAGACGUUUGAGGAUGCUAGGGAUGGUGAGCUUGAAAAUGUGAGUGUUGGUGUUGGAGAGAAGGAGGCAUCGGGAGAAGGAGCUUUGGAUGAGAAACCAGAUUCUGAUGAAAUUGGGGAAGAGAAGGUUGAUCAGAUUGGCCAUGUUGAGGACAGUGGCAAUGAACUUCAACCUGGCAAGUCUACCGAGGAGGCAGAAGUGACAUUGAGUGGCGAAGGAGGUUCUUUUGUGGAUUCUGAUGAAAUUGGGGAAGAGAAGGUUGGAAUAACUGAAAACGAAGUAAAGGGUGUGGAAGAAACGGAUGGGCCAAAGAAUGAUGCGACUGAUGCUGAGGUGAAAAGGGAAGGUGGUUUGGCAAUAGACAGUGAAACCAGAGAGAAAAAGAGUGUAUCUACUGAAAAAGCGGAUGAUGACCAUGGAAGUGAUAAGUUUCGUGAUGGUGAUGGUGUGAAGUUAACUGAUAGGGGAGAUUCCAUUAUAGACUGGUCUGCCGUGGAAUCUGUACAUGUUGAUGUGGCAAAACCAGGGGUGGUGGUGGUUGGAGAUGUGGAGGGAAGUGAAGAGGUGAAAGUUAAGGAGAUGCCGAUCAUGGCUGAUGAUGGCGUUCUUAAAGUUGAUAAUAAGUUUGAUCAGAUUGGCAAUGUUAAGGACGGUGGCAAUGAACUUCAACCUUAUAAAUCAACUGAGGAGACGGGAGAAAGUGACUCUAUUGUGGAUUCCUCUACUGUGAACACUGUUUAUAUCAGUCCAGCUGAGCCAGGGAUUGUGGUUGUCGGGAGUGAAAAUGGGGAAAAAAAUGCAGAGUUGGAGGAGGAGGGUAACCCAUAUUUAGAGGAAUCAAAUGAUCUGACAGCUGUAUAUGAUGGAAAUCUUGAAUUGGCUCCUAAAGAUACAGUAGAGGUAGCCAAAGUCGAGUCUGAUGGGCCAAAUCUCGAUGUUAAUAGUCUGGAAGAGUCUGAGAAUGUAAGAGAUGGAGAAGGGGAAGCUCCUGUUGCUGAAAGUUCAAAUCUUGGUUCAGUUGAUAAAAAAGAGGAAUCAUCAAUGGCAGCUGAGGCUAAUGCAGAGGUUGGGGAAGUUGUUUCUGAAAAGAAAGUUGCUGAAGAAGGCAGCCAAGCUGCUGAGGACGUUGUUUCUACACGUGAAUUCAGCGCUGAAAACAAACAAUCUCUUGCAGAGUAUGGAUCUGAGAGUGAUGAAGAGACUGACGAGAUGAUUUUUGGGAGUUCCGAAGCUGCAAAACAGUUUUUGGAAGAGCUUGAAAAGGCUUCUUCUGGUAUUGAUGCUCAUUCUAAUGAAGCAAACAUUUCUAACAAUCAGCCCGAGGGAAUUGAUGGUCAAAUUGUUACUGAUUCUGAGGAUGAAGUAGACAGUGAUGACGACAGAGAGGAACAAUUAUUUGAUUCUGCGGCCUUGUCUGCCCUUUUGAAGGCAGCGACUGGCGGAAGUUCAGAAGGUGGAAAUUUUACUAUAACAUCUCAGGAUGGGACGAGGCUUUUCUCUGUGGAACGUCCUGCUGGGUUGGGUUCAUCCUUACGAUCUGUGAAACCUGGUGCCUCUCGUCCAAACCGCUCCAAUCUCUUCGCCCAACCAAAUGCCACCACAGGUGGGGAGAAUGAGAGUAACUUGAGCGAGGAAGAGAGAAAGAAGUUGGAGAAGUUGCAAAGCUUGCGUGUGAAAUUUCUGCGUCUGAUGCAAAGGUUGGGGCAUUCUGCAGAAGAUUCAAUAGCUGCACAGGUUCUGUACCGGUUGGCCCUUCUUGCUGGGAGGCAAACUGGUCAAUUAUUCAACCUUGAUGCUGCAAAAAAGAUGGCCAUGGAGCUUGAAGCUGAGGGAAAAGAUGAUUUGGAUUUCUCCCUCAACAUUCUGGCCCUUGGAAAAGCCGGGGUUGGUAAAAGUGCUACGAUAAAUUCCAUCUUGGGCGACCAGAAAGCCUCCAUUGAUGCUUUUCGACCUUCCACCACUUCCGUGAGAGAAAUAUCAGGGACAGUCGGUGGGGUCAAGAUUACAGUCAUUGACACCCCAGGUCUGAAGUCUUCCGCCAUGGAUCAAAGUACAAAUUCCAAGCUAUUAUCAUCGGUAAAGAAGGUAACCAAGAAGUGUCCCCCAGAUAUUGUUCUCUAUGUUGACCGUCUUGAUGCCCAGAACAGGGACCUAAACAAUCUGCCCUUGCUACGGACGAUCACUGCAAACCUCGGUUCAUCCAUAUGGAAGAAUGCCAUAGUGACAUUGACCCAUGCUGCUUCUGCCCCUCCUGAUGGGCCAUCAGGAACCCCUUUGAGCUAUGACGUGUUUGUUGCUCAGUGCUCGCAUAUUGUUCAGCAAUCUAUUGGCCAGGCUGUUGGUGAUCUUCGUCUGAUGAAUCCAAGCCUGAUGAAUCCGGUUUCUCUUGUUGAGAAUCAUCCGUUGUGCAGAAAGAACCGGGAUGGAGAGAAGGUUCUCCCCAAUGGCCAGACUUGGAGGCCUCAGUUGUUGCUGUUGUGCUACUCCUUGAAGAUUCUGUCAGAAGCAAAUUCUCUGUUGAAACCUCAAGAACCUUUAGACCACCGCAAACUGUUUGGGUUCCGUGUCCGUUCCCCACCUCUCCCAUACUUGUUGUCUUGGCUGUUGCAGUCUCGUACCCACCCGAAGCUCUCUGCUGAUCAAGGCGGUGACAGUGUAGAUUCUGACAUCGAACUUGACGAUGUUUCUGAUUCUGAGCAGGAAGAUGGGGAUGGUGACGAGUACGAUCAGCUUCCGCCCUUUAAGCCUCUUAGAAGAAGCCAGCUUGUCAAACUGACAAAGGAACAGAGAAAGGCUUACUAUGAAGAGUAUGAUUACCGGGUGAAGCUCCUGCAGAAGAAGCAGUGGAGGGAGGAGUUGAGGAGAAUGAGGGAAAUGAAGAAAAAGGGGAAGAAGGCUGGUGAAAAUGAGUACGGCUACUUGGGAGAGGAGGAGGACCCGGAAAAUGCUGCUCCAGCCGCUGUGCCAGUUCCUUUACCCGAUAUGGUCCUUCCCCCUUCGUUUGACGGUGAUAACCCAGCUUUCCGUUACCGUUUCUUGGAACCCACUUCCCAGCUACUCACCAGGCCAGUGCUGGACACCCAUGGCUGGGACCAUGAUUGUGGAUACGACGGUGUCAAUGUGGAACACAGUCUUGCUGUAGCAAACCGUUUCCCUGCUGCAGUUACCGUCCAAGUCACCAAGGACAAGAAGGAAUUCAAUAUCCAUCUGGAUUCCUCGGUCUCCGCUAAGCACAGUGAGAAUGGAUCCACCAUGGCCGGGUUCGAUAUCCAGAACGUAGGUAAGCAGCUGGCGUAUGUUGUCAGGGGAGAAACCAAGUUCAAGAACUUGAAGAAGAACAAGACAACACUUGGAGGGUCGGUCACGUUCUUGGGUGAGAACGUUGCAACCGGUGUCAAACUCGAGGACCAGAUCACAGUCGGGAAACGGCUCGUCCUCGUGGGCAGCACCGGUACCAUGCGAUCACAGGGCGACUCAGCGUAUGGCGCGAACCUCGAAAUCAGGCUGAGAGAAGCUGAUUUCCCAAUAGGCCAAGACCAAUCAUCUCUCGGGCUGUCUCUGGUGAAGUGGAAAGGUGAUUUAGCCCUCGGAGCUAACCUCCAAUCUCAAGUCUCAGUGGGAAGGCACUCCAAGAUCGCCGUUCGUGCCGGUCUGAACAACAAAAUGAGCGGACAAAUCACUGUCAGAACCAGCAGUUCCGAUCAGCUGCAGAUUGCACUGGCAGCUAUUAUUCCCAUUGCCAUAGCCAUCUACAAGAGCAUCCGACCAGGAGGAGAUACGAGCGAGAAGUACUCCAUGUACUGAAACAUGUCUGCAUGCAAUUUCCUUGGCCGGAGAAGGAUGAAUCUUUAGGUUAUGAAUUGUACGCAAUGCUUUUGUUUUGUCCCUUCAAUAAAAACCCUUAUGAGAUUAGGACAAAGUUGUAUUUUCUUCUAUUGAGAUGCACAACACUUCAGGAUUAUCCAUAGUUCCUCUUGAACAUGAUCAUCAUUCAAAUU